UGCUGCCAACGCACGCAAUCUUAAAUCCUCAAAACCAAAACCUCUUCAGAGAGACCACAAGUAUCUGAGCGAAAAACAGCAGCAACACCAUCAUGGCGGAAAAAGCUUCUUCUCCUUGGGGCAAACCCGGCGCGUGGGCCUUAGACGCCGAAGAACACGAAGCUGAACUCCAACAAGAACAACAGAAUUCCCAACGAGCACCCACUGAACCACUCGGUGGCACCGCUGAAUUCCCUUCUUUAGCCGCCGCCACUAAACAACCCAAAAAGAAAAAAAACAAAACCCUCACUUUAGCUGAACUUUCUAAUUAUCCAUCGGCUAAGCAAAGUCAUGAGCCUGAUCUCCUCAAUCUCCCAACUAGACCCCGCGAACGCUCCGCUGAAGAGCUCGACCGGGCCCGCAUCGGCGGCGGGUUUAAAUCGUAUGGUUUGAAUUAUCGUAACGGAGGGGAAGAGUCUAAUUCGAGGUGGGGUGGUGGUGGUGGUGGUGGUAAUGGGAAUUCUAGGGUUUCUAAUAGGGAGUCGAGCAGGGAAUUUGCUCCGUCGCGAGCAGAUGAGAUUGAUGAUUGGUCGAAAACGAAGAAAUCCCCGGUGGGGAGUGGGUAUGAGAGGAGGGAUAGGGAUAGGGAGAGGGGAUCUUCUUUUUUCGAUUCUCAGUCUAAGGCUGAUGAAUCAGAGAACUGGGUUUCUAAUAAGACAGCGAAUGAUGGGCCAAGGAGAUUUGGUGGAGUGAAUAAUGGUGGAUAUGAGAGGAGAGGGAGUUUUGAUUCCUUAUCGAGAGAAAGACAUGGGUUUAGUGGUGGUAUUGGUGCUGCUGCCGAUUCGGAUAAUUGGGGGAGGAAGAAAGAUGAGAGUCUUAACAAUGGUAGUGCUGGUGAGAGGCCGAAACUGAAGUUGCAGCCAAAAACUUUUCCAGUGAGUAAUGGGAAUGAGGUGGCGGGGAAACCUAAAGGGCCAAGUCCGUUUGGAGAUGCAAGGCCAAGAGAGGAGGUGUUGAAGGAGAAAGGGAUGGAUUAUAAGGAGAUUGAUGAGAAGUUGGAGGCCGUGAAAAUUAGCAGUGAGAGAAAUAAGGAUGUGGAGAGAGGGGAUUCCUUUGGAAGAAAGGGAUUUGGGAUUAUUGGUGGAGGUUCCGGUAACGAGAGAAGUUGGAGGAAGCCUGAUGUUACCGAUUCUGGUUCGCGUCCACAGAGUUCUGGGACAACUGAGAAUGGAAGCAUUGCUGAGGAUGGGCCUGCCAUUGAAGAUGCAGCUGCUGAAGGAAAUUGAAGAUGAAUUUUUGCAAAUUAAAAAGCUGAGGAUUGAGAAAAAGAAAAGAGUAGGAACAUUUUAUUUAUUGGUAGUCCAAGGUCUUCUGUUUUGUCCAAUUGUAUCCAUGCGAGUUAUGCCGUGACUCAUAUUACUCUUGAACACGAUGUUAAGACAAUUUUGGUAGGCAUACAAGUAAUUGACUCUGGUUUGCCACUUUAGCUUGUUUUAUAGCUGGGAUUGAACUUCAGGAUUAUGUGUUAUUACAUUACUGCUUA